AUGCUCUGGCUGGCCACGCUGCCCUUUGUGCUGUGGAACCACAUCGGCUGGGCCGUGGUGCCGUCUACGGCCGUCGUGUCGUUCCUGCUGCUGGGGAUCGACGAGAUCGCGAUACAGCUGGAGGAGCCGUUUGGGAUCCUGCCCCUGGAGGCGAUCUGCGACACCAUCCAGCGGAAUAUUGAGGAGCUGGUGAAGAGCGAGGCAGCCGUUGUCAGCACCCUGGACGCAUCCAUUGCUUCGGCCCGCGCCCGCCUGGCCCAGGAAGAGGAGCUGGCACGCAUGUUAGAGCAGCAGCUGCCGUUCAGCUGGGGCCCCAGGGGCCUCGAGGCCGCCGACGCCGGCCCUUCUGCCGCCGGCGCCGCCCGCGGCGACAGCGUUGCGGGAGACGCGGAGGGGGAGCGGCGGGCGCGGCGUCGUGCGGUGCAGGAGGCCGGAAUGCGGCAGGCGGGCAUGGCGGAGCAGCAGCAGGCGUGGCAGGGGCAGGAGCCGGAGCAGCAGCAGGGGCAGCAGCGGCAGCAGCGGCAGCAUGAAGGGCGGGCAGGCAAGUGCUCGUCAGUGGACGGGGGCGGGAGCGGCGCGGCCUACCACCACCACUCGCACCAUCCGGAAACCCACAUCGACCCCUGGAUGCAGCCCAGCCACCAACAGCAGCGGCCGCAGCUGCCGCACCCCUCGCGGCCAGCCGCUGGGGCUCGGGAUGAGGGGCGGCUGCGCCCCGGGGCGCCGGCGGCGGGCGGCGGCGCCCACCAGCCGGACGGGGCACGCGGCGCGGGUGGGGACCGGGCGCCACCUCAGCAGGGCUUCCUGGAGCCGUGGGAGCUCCCUUGGUACGCCGCCGGACUGGAGGAGGCGGAUAUGCUGGGCGCAGCCGCCGCCAGCGGAUCCUCUCACGACCUGCACGACUUUUUGCUCGGCCGCGCCCACGGCGCCAAUGCGGUGCGGCACCCCGGCACACCCACGGCGUCGCAGUCGGCGGACGAGGUGCCCGCCGCGGCGGCGGGGGAGGGGGAGGGCGGAGGGGCCCCUGAGGGCGGCAGGGAGGAGCGGGAGAGGGGGCCAGGUCCGGGGGCAUCGCGGUAG